AUGCUCUCACGUGUUGCUGCAGUGAAGGCACCCCGCACACACAACCGUCGCCGCAUGACCGGAUCCAGCGGAAGGAGGAGGGAAGGAGGAGAGAGUGAGCCGCAGAGGCCCAACAUGUCCCGGCAUGUGUUUACUUCCGCGGCGCUGCUCCUCCUCGUUGUGUUGGUGUUUUGCAGCACUGGUGGGACUGCUGUCGUUGAUGGUGUGGAGGAGCCGUUGUCUUCUGGUCCAAAGUUUGAAUGGAAGAACAUCACUGAAGGUGAUGUAACUGUAGACUCGUUGGGUGUUCCCGGCCUUUUGAAAGUGGGGAGUGAUGUAUUUGCUGUUGCCGAGGCGCACUGCAAGAAGAAUGGUAAGAGUGUCUUUACCGGCAUUGCAUCCCAAAUGCUCACGAUGGGAAAGGGUAACGAACCGAAGGAAGUUCUGAAGGAAACCAAAGAUACACAAGUUCUGGAGGAAGUCGCUUCCUCAAGCAUUGGGAAGAAAGUAGAUGUGAGCCGGCCAACAGCAGUUGUGAAUGGGAGUGAUAUUUACAUGCUUGCUGGAACCUACAGUUUUGAAGUUACUGAUAGGGCAGCUGCUGGUAACACAGCUGCAGCAGUUAAAUGGGAACUUUUGGUGGCUGUGGGAAACGUCAGUAAUGAUGGGAGCAGCGAUAAAAAAUAUAUUUAUUGGAAAGACGCUUCCGUUAUCCCGUGGACUGGUUUUGAAAAACAACACAAAUCCUUGACACGGCUGAUUGGCGGCGGUGGAUCGGGUGUUCAGACGAAGGACGGUACGCUUGUGUUCCCAGUGGAAGGCACGAAAAAUGGAAAAACCAUUUCGCUGAUCAUAUACUCCUCAGCCACUGAGGGUGGGAAGCUGUCGAAGGGGAUGUCUGCCGACGGCUGCAGUGAUCCCUCCGUUGCGGAGUGGAAGGGAAAACUCAUGAUGAUGACUGCGUGUGAUGAUGGCCGCCGCAGGGUGUACGAGUCCGGUGACAAGGGGGAUUCGUGGACGGAGGCCCUCGGAACACUCUCGCGCGUGUGGGGCAACAACCAAAAGGGAAAUGAGAUGGGCGUUGGAAGCGGGUUCACUACAGCGACGAUUGAGAACAGGGACGUGAUGCUCGUUACUCUGCCGGUGUAUGCCAAUAAUGCUGAGAAAGGACAAGUUAAUGAAAAGGGCGUACUCCAUCUUUGGCUGACGGACAAUACGCACAUUGUUGAUAUUGGGCCGGUAUCCGGUGAUGAUGACGCUGCCGCCAGCUCCUUGCUGUACAAAACUGAUAAUAAUGAGGAGUUGAUUGCACUGUACGAGAAGAAGGGCGAUGGGGAACCAUCACCCGGUAUGGUCUCUGUGCUUCUGACUGAGCAGCUGCAGCGGGUGAAGGAUGUGCUGGCGACGUGGAAGAAAGUGGACAAACGUGUCUCCAAGCUGUGCCCCACUUCAAGUGCUGCGAAGAAUCCCUCAGCUGGCAAUGGCUGCAGCGCUGGUAAGACCACGGAUGGUCUGGUUGGCUUUUUGUCUGGCAGCUUCUCUGAUAACACAUGGAAGGACGAGUACCUCGGGGUGAACGCCACGGUAACGAAUAAAGAGGGUGCAGCAGAGGCGGAUAAUGGCGUAACAUUUAAAGGACGUGGUGCGUGGGCGGAGUGGCCUGUUGGCAAGCAGAGGGAGAAUCAGCUGUACCACUUUGCGAACCACAACUUCACUCUUGUGGCGACGGUGUACGUCCACGGUGAGCCGAAGAGUGGCAGCGUCUCUUUGAUGGGUGUGCGUGUGGGCACUGACGGAGGAACAAAACUUAUGGAGUUGUCGUACGGCAGUGGAAAGAAGUGGCAGGCGCUCUGCUGUGACGGAACAACCAAGAGGCUUAAAAGCACUUGGGAGCCGCAGAGACAAUACCAAGUGGCCAUUGUGCUACGGAACGGCACCCAGGGCUCCGUGUACGUUGAUGGUCAGCGUGUGUGUGAGAGUGUGCAAAGUAAAUUUGAAAAUACAGAAUCGAAAGGGAUCUCACACUUCUACAUUGGAGGGAAUGGAGGCAAUGCAGAGAACACAGCGGGUGACGAAGGUGUGUCUGUGACUGUGAGGAACGUCCUGCUGUACAACCGUCCUUUGACAUUUACUGGCGGGAGUGCCGAUUUGGAAGAAGAUAUUGCGUCGGCUUCUGAGGCUCCAGUGGAGCAGGCGGCCUCGCAGCAGUCUCGAAAAAACCGUGAAACACAGCAAGUGCCGGCAGCCUUGAGCUCCCAUGCCGUUGGAGAAAAAACAGGCGAUGACGGCAUUGUGCGUGGGAGCGGACUGCUGCCGCUUCUUCUUCUGUUGUUGGGACUGUGGGGGUUUGCGGCUCUGUGA